CGGGCAAAUUCAGCAAUUUCUGCCAUUGAAACUGCGAUAGUAAGUUUUUUGUCUCCUUCCUUUCCACUCCCUUGUUCAUCCACUUCUCCAUGUUGAAUCCGUUUGUCUGGCUACUGUUACUCUGCCUAUGUAUGUUAAUAGGCAGUUUCCUUGCCGGAUGUAUACCUCUUGCAACCAAACUCUCCGAGUCAAAGCUACGCAUUUUCUCCGCUAUUAGUGUCGGGUUACUCGUCGGAACAGCUCUCGUUGUCAUUGUGCCAGAAGGUGUGGAAACUCUUUAUAACAGCAAUCAAUACGAUGCUCUGGAUUCAACGGAUACCACCGAUAGUCGUCCGGCUCACAUUGAGGAAUCGCAUGGCUCAUUGCACGCCUCGGUUGGCUUGGCUUUAAUUAUCGGAUUUGCGCUAAUGUUCGUCAUUGAUCAGUUGAGCUCACUUCACGUACAUCCUUCCCCAUCUGCCAAUGCCGCAAACGCCGAUGCGACGGAAUAUAACCAGCUCGAUACCCUUCUUGUCUCGGAAACGGCUUUAGACAACGACUUACCAGAAGCAGCUCCUGAAGCAUCUACUCAUCAUGCACAUUCCCAUCAGCAAUCACUAACACCGACGAUUGGCUUGAUUAUUCACGCUGCAGCCGAUGGUAUUGCGCUGGGCGCAUCCGCUUCGCAUCCCCAACUUUCCAUGGUGGUGUUCCUCGCCAUUAUGUUACACAAAGCUCCCUCUGCAUUUGCCUUAACCACCGUUCUGCUCGCCGAAGGGCUUUCGAGAAUCCAGAUCCGCAAGCAUCUUUUGAUGUUCUCGCUGUCAGCACCGAUCGGCGCUCUGACCACCUACUUACUGCUCUAUGCCUCGGCACUCAAUACAGCAUCAGCGAGCUUGGAAUAUUGGACGGGGAUAUUACUCAUCUUUUCUGGUGGUACUUUUCUGUAUGUGGCAAUGCACGCAUUGCAAGAAGUGCAAUCUUACGGUGCAAUGGAUCGUCCUCGUGUAUACUCCAUUCUGGGUGGCAUGAUCCUGCCUUUGAUACUAAAUAUGCAGCACUCUCAUUAAUUCUGCGAUGUCUAUUUAAAAACAUACAAUUCAUUCCUAUUCUACAUCAUCUCUCUACGCUGCCCACUUACAUAUACAUCAUGUACUUUCAAGUUCAUAGUUUUGGUUUUCCAUGGUUACUUUCUUAUUUUAUCAUGACAAUUUUGUACA